GUCAAGUCCGUCUAAUUCAAUGAGGAAGAAGAAAGUAAGUCAGUGUUUCUGCCGGAACUUCACAGUGUGACACCCGGCGGAUGUAAACAAAGAAGCAUGAGCAGAGUUAGCUUCACUGCUGUGUGGACUGAGCUAUAAAACGGCUGUAUUAUAGUAUGAAUGAGAAAUAUCAGAGCGAGAAAGUAACGAUGCGUUCAGUUGAGUAUCUGAGAGAGUUGAUCAGCGACAGACUAGCUGCUGCUGCUGGAGAAAUAUUCACAGAGUUUGAAAAAACCAUCGUCCAGUACCAGGAGGAGAUCGAUCGUCAGCGCAGACUGCUGGAUGUCAUCUGGAAACCACACAUCCCCUUACAGCCCAUAGAGCUCCCACAGUCGUAUGUCUGUGAAAAUGAGAAGACUGUUGUUGACCAUCAGCGCCAUGACCAGGAGAGAAACUCCAUGGUGGACCAUGAGGACCCAGAGCCUCUACGGAUUAAAGAUCAGCCGGAGGAACUCUGCACCAGUUGGGACCAAUCAAACAAAGAGAUUUCUCAAAUUAAAAUGGAACAGGAAGAAUUGUGCACCAGUCUGGACCAAUCAAACCCAGAGAUUUCUCAAAUUAAAAUGGAACAGGAAGAAUUGUGCACCAGUCUGGACCAAUUAAACCCAGGGUUACCACAAAUUAAAGUGGAACAGGAUGAACUCUACUCCAUUCAGGAGGAAGAGUUAAUUGGAUUGAAACAGGAGACUGAUACCUUUGAGGUGACUCCUGCUGAUGAGGAAAGUGACCACAGUGAACCAAAACCAAACAGUGAUCAGCUCCUGUUUCACAUCUCUUGUGUACCUGAGAGCCCGGAUCAGGAAGGAUGCAAGGAUGUAGACUCAGCAUCAACUCGAUGUAUCAAGCAGAAACCAAGACAUCAGAGUAACAGCAGUCACACUAAUGAUGUAGACAAUGCUCUAUUGUCAGAAAGACAGUGUGAUAAUGACAAGGCAAGAAAAUCUGCAACAUGCGAGGUCUGUGGAAAAGCUUUUAGGUAUAAAUCAAAAUUAAUCAAACAUCACAGAACCCACACAGGUGAGAAGCCGUAUUCUUGUGAAACCUGUGGGAAAAGCUUCAGUCAACGGUCCUAUUUGACUGCCCACAUGAGACGUCACACAGGUGAGAAGCCGUAUUCUUGUGAAACCUGUGGGAAAAGCUUCAGUCAACGGACCCAUUUGACUGCCCACAUGACAUGUCACACAGGUGAGAAGCCAUAUUCUUGUGAAACCUGUGGGAAAAGCUUCAGUCAACGGUCCUAUUUGACUGCCCACAUGAGAUGUCACACAGGUGAGAAGCCGUAUGUUUGUAACACCUGUGGAAAAAGAUUUUCUGGUUCAUCAGCACAUCAUAAGCACAUGGCAGUUCACAAAAUGGGAAAGCCAUAUUCUUGUGGAACCUGUGGAAAAAGCUUUCGUCACCGGACCUCUUUGACUGCCCACAUGAAAUGUCACACAGGUGAGAAGCCAUAUGCUUGUGGAACCUGUGGAAAAAGCUUUAGUCGACGGUCCCAUUUGACUGGCCACAUGAGAUGUCACACAGGUGAGAAACCGUAUGUUUGUAACACUUGUGGAAAAAGAUUUUCUCAUUCAUCAGCACAUAAUAAGCACAUGGCAGUUCACAAAAUGGAAAAGCCAUAUUCUUGUGGAACCUGUGGAAAAAGCUUCAGACACCAGCGCUCUGUGACUGUCCACAUGAGAUGUCACACAGGUGAGAAGCCAUAUUCUUGUGGAACCUGUGGAAAAAGCUUUAGUCACCGGGGCUCUUUGACUGACCACAUGAAAUGUCACACAGGUGAGAAGCCAUAUGCUUGUGGAACCUGUGGAAAAAGCUUUAGACGACGGUCCCAUUUGACUGGCCACAUGAGAUGUCACACAGGUGAGAAACCGUAUGUUUGUAACACUUGUGGAAAAAGAUUUUCUCGUUCAUCAGCACAUAAUAAGCACAUGGCAGUUCACAAAAUGGAAAAGCCAUAUUCUUGUGGAACCUGUGGAAAAAGCUUCAGUCACCAGCGCUCUGUGACUGUCCACAUGAGAUGUCACACAGGUGAGAAGCCAUAUUCUUGUGGAACCUGUGGAAAAAGCUUCAACCGUAGUUAUCGAUUAAAAGCCCACAUGAGAAUCCACACAGCUGAGAAGUUGUGAUCCUGAAACAUCUGUGGAAGCAUAAUGUCAGAACAAAGGUUGAAGCAACAUGGAAGAAAUGGUACAGGUUAAAAGUAGAUGUUUUACAUUUAAAGCACCUUUAGUCUGUGCUUCAACAACAAUUGUGAGGAAGUAUGUAAGCAAUCCUUGAUGAUCAGACCAGAUGGAGUCUGGACUGUGGUGGUGGUGGAGCAGGCAGAAGAACCAAACUGAAUGUCUGGAUGGAUAUGGUAUUGGUACAGACUGCUUCAUUUCUGCUAUCACGACAUCCUUCAUCAGCAGAGCAGUGAUUGGAAAUAUUGUGUAGCUGUUUGGAACAUUUUCACAUCCUGCUGAGAGAACAUGGCUGUUCAGGUGUGAACAUACUGCUGGAAUCCACUCAGCUUGAGUUCUGCCGUCUUUCAAGUAAAAUGAGGAAACGAGAUACAGAGACAUUGUGACAGUAGGACACAACAGAGUGUGUCACUGCAGCAGAGGAGAUCUGGACAUGAAAUAAAGUUGUAAUAAAACAUGUACAGCUCCAUGACUGCUUCAUAAAAUGUUUUGAAUGUAUUUAAACAGACGUACAUUUACAAGUUGUUUAGUAAUGAAUGUAACAUUGAAGAUCCCCAGCAAGAAUAUCUCUGAGUCAGAUAUCAAAGACAUAACCAAUUUAAUUCAAUUCAAUUCAAUUUUGUUUAUAUAGCACCAAUUACAGUGAAAUUGUCUCAAGAUGCUUUACAGAACCCAUAUCCCUGAUCCCCAGAGCAGCCCAAAGGCAACAGUGGCAAAAAACACCCUUUUAACAGGGAAAAAACCUUGAGCAGAACCCGGCUCUUUAUGUGGGGGAACCAUCUGCUGCUUCUGCCCUAGCUUCUCGAAGGAGGCGGUCGCAUUUUUCCUCUCUCCGUCUCUAUCUCUCUUCUCCCCGUACCCUCAUGUUUCUGCUUGCUGCAUUUUUGUCUCGUCUCGUCUGAUUUGGAGUGAUCUAUUGGCACUGGACCUUCAAAACACCGAUCAUGGAAUUGAUUAGCUGGUCUCUCAACGCGAUUGACAAGAUUGACAAAGAACACAGGCUUAGGGGAGCCUACCUGCCCGGAUGGGAGUUUUGCCUCUGGUUAUGUGAUCACCUGGGGAAAGGGGAAGGGGAUCAUGUGCCUGGCACCCCUAUCCAUGGAGGAUGUGGAGGAUAUCUACAUAUUCGGAUUUAUGAUGACAGGUCUGCUGAUAAUUGGCUUGAUUGUGGACCUGAGCUUCUGGAAAAUUAGGAGGACCGCAGAGAGAAACGACGUCCAAACUCUGCUGAGCCAUGCAAUUGAUCGGAUUAAGGCUGCUGGUGACCGGAAUGACGAACUCAAACGUAAGUGUGACUGUUGAUUUGAGUCGGAGAGUGAUGCCAUCAGGGUGAGAAUUGCCACAGCUGAGAUCGAACAAGUUGAGCAACCAGGAGGAAGGUCAAAUUGCUCCUUCCCCCGACUAAACAAAAAAUUAUACUGACAACAUUUCGGUGCCCCUGGAAUAAAACAAACUCCUCUGGAAGUUUUUCAUGGCCAAGAGAUAGCUCUUCUAACCCCCCACCACUCCCAAGGACACCUGUUGACUUCUGGACUUCUGAGUACGUCUCCAUGGCAGCCUGCUGUGUUAUCGCUUCCAUCUGUGAACUGAGAUACCGGAGUUCUGGGAUGGAAGGAGAUUGGCUACACGCAUACACACACACUUGGACUCAUGAACUGAGGACUGAGCUCACAUUGCACACACAUGCCCAUUCCCCCCCUCCAAGGCCGCCUCUGCAAACCUUUCCACUGCGAUGCACAGUGGGUAAGACUUCCGUGCGCAGCGCACCACCCUAUGGCGCAGCAGUUGCAUAGGAGACUGACCGCUGUGAGGAGCCACCCGUCCAUCACCCCUUAUCCUUAUCCCAUCUGACCUUGUCUAACGUCAUGCUUUGACUGUUGCGGGUGUGUUUUUUUUUUAGGAUCCCUUCUCAAAUUGAAUCUCCCAACUUGGAGGCUACAUUUGAUAAUGAACCUUUUUUUCAUUUUACACUCUGCUAUUAUCCCAUACCCUGUUAAAGAUGUUUGUUUUUCUUUCUUUUUCCUCAAGACAGGCGCGCUCCCAACGCUGCUGCAGCCCGAGCUGCCAUUGGCAGGACAGCUCAAAUGAAAUUUCAUUGUAUAUGAAAGUGUGCAAUGACAAUAAAGGUCUGAUUGAUUGAU